CUCAAACGGGCCAUAAUUCGUUAGCAGAUAGCUCAUGGGCCGGAAGUCUGCACGUAGGAAGGCGUGACCGAAAAGUUUGAGCCGACGGAAAAUUCUCCUCCAUUUUGUUCAAAGGCUUCUAGCCCAGAUUGUUUCCUGCAGAAGCAAAUCAAACUAAAUUUCCGCUUGUGCGCUCAUUUUUUCACCGAUCGCCGGUGGGCUGUAACUGAUUCCGGCAAUGGCGAUGUUAGUAAUCGGCCGCCGUCUAACGAGUCGGCCUCAGGCGGCGUCGUACGUCUCGGCGAGCUUCAGAUGGUACUCAACGUCGUUUAGAGAAGAAAGAGAUACCUUCGGCCCCAUUCAGGUUCCAUCUGAUAGAUUAUGGGGUGCUCAAACACAAAGAUCCUUGCAGAACUUUGAAAUUGGUGGAGACCGGGAAAGGAUGCCUGAGCCGAUUAUCCGUGCCUUUGGGAUUCUUAAGAAAUGUGCUGCAAAGGUCAACAUGGAAUAUGGACUUGAUCCCUCCAUAGGCAAAGCAAUUAUGCAAGCUGCACAGGAAGUUGCUGAGGGAAAAUUAAACGACCAUUUCCCUUUGGUUGUUUGGCAAACUGGUAGCGGCACUCAGAGUAACAUGAAUGCCAAUGAGGUUAUUGCAAAUAGAGCAGCUGAAAUUCUUGGGCACAAGCGUGGUGAUAAGUUUGUUCAUCCAAAUGAUCAUGUGAACAGAUCUCAAUCUUCGAACGACACAUUUCCAACUGUAAUGCACAUAGCAGCAGCAAUGGAAAUCAAUUCAGGAUUAAUACCAAAACUGAAACAGUUGCACUCAACACUUACUUCAAAGUCUGUCGAAUUCAAAGACAUCGUAAAAAUUGGCCGUACUCACACACAAGAUGCUACGCCACUGACACUUGGACAAGAAUUUAGUGGCUAUACAACACAGGUGAAGUACGGUAUUGAUCGAGUCUCAUGCACCCUGCCCCGCAUGUAUCAGCUGGCACAGGGGGGUACUGCUGUAGGAACUGGUUUGAACACAAAGAAAGGGUUCGACGUUAAGAUUGCUGCAGCAGUAGCUGAGGAAACUAAUUUGCCAUUUGCGACCGCCGAAAACAAAUUUGAGGCACUGGCUGCCCAUGAUGCUUUUGUUGAAACAAGUGGAGCCUUAAAUACAAUUGCUACGUCUCUUAUGAAGAUAGCAAAUGACAUACGUUUCUUAGGAAGUGGUCCACGAUGUGGCCUAGGAGAACUCAUACUUCCUGAAAAUGAGCCUGGCAGCAGUAUAAUGCCGGGCAAGGUGAACCCUACGCAGUGUGAGGCUCUCACGAUGGUUUGUGCUCAGGUAAUUGGCAAUCAUGUUGCGAUUACAGUGGGGGGAUCAAAUGGCCAUUUCGAGCUGAAUGUAUUUAAGCCUGUCAUUGCGAGUAAUCUAUUACAAUCAUUGAGAUUGCUUGGCGAUGCAUCUGCUUCCUUCGAAAAGAAUUGUGUCAGGGGAAUUCAGGCCAACAGGGAAAGAAUCGCUAAAUUGUUGCAUGAGUCCCUCAUGCUUGUUACAUCUUUGAAUCCAAAAAUCGGAUAUGAUAACGCUGCAUUAGUUGCCAAGACAGCUCACAAGGAAGGAAGUACCUUAAAGAAUGCUGCCUUAAAACUAGGUGUGCUCGAUUCCGACGAAUUCGAUCAGCUUGUGGUGCCGGAAAAGAUGAUCGGCCCUUCCGACUAAUAUCUUUUGAAGUGAUAUUUUGAAAUUUUUGUCGGUCUCUUUUCGUUUGGCAGACAAUUAUUCUUGAGGUUUUUUUCUCUGCUGUGGUUUUGUGUGGGAAAAAGGCCUCCCCAUUUUGCAGGAAAUAAAAUAUGCUGCAAACAAUAAGAUUUUUAUUUUGCUUGCCAUAUAAUUAAUCUUAUGGGGACGAUGCAAUUCAUUCCUGCCAAAAAAUUGUCAAACUGAAAACCCAUUAAAGGAAAGAAAACAAGUGAUAAUUUAUCAUUUGUGAUUCAUGUUAUGAAAGUGUUUCUCAUUUGUGAUUCAUGUUAUGUACUUAUGUAAAUCUCAUAGUUGUGACCUCAAAAGGUUAGCAAGACCUCAAAAGAGAACAAUAAAUUAGAGAAACUUACGACUAUCUUAAGUUCUUGUUAUAAAGAGGCUUCGUCACAUGAUCGUCUACUACAUUUUUUCGCGACAUCACGAUAAGAAAGAAGUAGCUCGAAACUUAGUAAAUUUAUGCACAUCCGCACCGGAAUACGAGUAAUACGCGGGCUCUUCAAAACCCUUGCUUCCACAUCACCACCACCGGCGACACAACUUGCCGCUGUCCGUCCGACCAAGUUAUUUUCCCGGCCUCCGUGACCGUGUUCCCAGGCCUCACUUCCAUCUUCGCCGCUUUUAUCCUCACCGUGUAGCUUAACUUUUCACUCUUUCCUUUAAAUUCCAUUUUCAUCGGGGCUACCGUUAAGCUCACCCCUUUCGGAUUAGUUAUGGUCACGCCGUAACUAGCCGGCCCUUCCCCAACAUGUGUAACAGUCCUCUCAACCGCAAUCUCGAGAUCCUUCCCCGACUUGGUUGCCUCGAAAUCAACCGCGAUGGCCGGGUAGUUGAGUUGCCACGGUUUUGGUUUGAUCUUCGUGCAACCGACCGUCCGCCUAGCCACCUGUCGUAUUUCGCGACGGGUGAAAUUCGAAGCGCAAAGGAAGUUUAAGUACUCGUCGGCACUAAUGUCGUAGACCAAACCCGGAUCGACAGCUUUCUCCGGGUCCACGUGGCCGGCACCCAUAUCCCAAACCGUGGAAUCAUUGUAAGACUUCUCGUCGAGUAUCGGCCGACCUCUCGAGUCGUGGCUAUAAGCCGUGGUCAUCAUGGCCGACCGGAUCAUGGCCGGGGACCAAUCGGGAUGGGCGCCCUUAAGGAGGGCAGCCACACCCGAGGCAUGCGGGCAAGACAUGGACGUGCCCGAGGCCACGUUGAACUCCGUGCGCCGCGCGUCGGAGGAUAAGUCCGACGGCGACACGCUGGGGGGCCACGCGGCAAGGAUGUUCACGCCCGGAGCUAUCAAGUCGGGCUUCAAGACGUACGGUGACUCCAAGCUCGGGCCUCGGGCCGAAAACGAGGCCAACACCGGGGCAGGCGUGACCCCGACCUCCGUGCCGCGGAACACAAUCGUGGCCCUCGGGUUCGGGUUCGAAUCGGUGUACUCUCGGAGCGUACGUCCCGCGGACUCGGUCACAGCUAGGCCCGGGAUCACGUGUGAGUCAGCCACGAGCCCUUCCCCGAUGGGUGCCACGUUGGCAACCACCACACCCGACCCGCGGGCCUUCCGGACGACCUCCCCCUUGGCGGCCCGCGAGUUUCCGCCGCGGUCACAAAUUACAAUUUUACCCUCCACGAGCUUCUCGUCGAGCGAGCCCGCCAGGCAUGUGGCGGCCGUGAACCCACCCGACCGCCGCCCGCUGGCGGCGGCGGCGGAGGCGUUGCGCCCAUGUAUCAAGGGCAAAAAGGUCUUUUCGGGCAACGGAGGCCCGCUAUAGAGCGACGCGCCUUCGAGCACCCGACCGUCCGCGAGCACGAGGUCGGCCGGGAACUUCCGAUCGAUCGUGCCGGCACCCACCGUCGUCAUCCACGGCGCCACGUUGGUCACCGUCCCUUUCGUGGGCCCCUCGUUUCCGGCCGACGCCGAGACGAAAACGCCCCUCUCAGCCGCGCCGAAAGCCCCGAUCGCGAUCGGGUCCAAAUUGUGCGGCACGGCCCCUCCGCCGAUCGAUAUCGAGAUUACGUUCACCCCGUCCUCGGCCGCCUUGUCGAAGGCCGAGAGUAUGUCGGAGUCCGUGCACCCGUUUUUCCAACACACCUUGUAAACGGCGAUUCGUGCCUUGGGGGCGAUCCCGACCGCCACGCCGGCCGCGUAACCGAAAAGGGACGCGUUCCGUACGGCUCGACCGGCGGCGGUGGAGGCCGUGUGGGUCCCGUGUCCGUCGGAGUCCCUCGCCGACCGAAACUCCUCCGACGAGUUGAUCGGGCCCUUACGGGCCUCGUAGCCCGCGGAGAAGAAUCGGGCCCCGACGAUCUUCUUGUUGCAGUGGGAUUUGUCGAAACGGUCACCCUCCGUGCACUCGCCCCGCCACCCGGGAGGAAUCGGGCCGAGGCCCGAGUCGUCGAAGCUGGGCCUCUCGGGCCAGAUGCCCGUGUCGAAUAUCCCGAUUACGACAUUGGAGCCCGAGUCGGACUCGGAGAGCAAACGGCCCGUUGGGUUUUUGUCCGACGAAAGGCCCAUGAAAGCAGGGGAACGGGUUAUGUGGAGCUGGUUGAGGCGGUCGGGUAGGACCGCAAGGACACCGGGUCGGGUCCCGAGCUGUCGGGCCUCUUGUUGAGUGAGUUUUGCGGAAAAGCCGUGAAAGACCGUUUUAUAUACGUGGAGAAAUUCGCGGGUCGGUCGGGAGGGAUUCGGGUUUUCGGAGGUUAGAGAGUCUGAGUCGAGGCUGUGGAGAGUGGCUUUGUACCACUCUUCGACAUCGGAGAAACUCGAAGGCUUCAAGUCGUUUUCGACACGGACGAUAUAAGCUCGAGAAUCGUCGAAAUCGACGAUUUCGGAGAAAACCAGUGAGGAAGAAAAGGGAAUGAUAAGGAAAAACAGAGAAGAGAUGAAAGGAGCCAUUUUUGGAUUUUCAGGGGAGUUUUUAAGUGCUUUUGGUGUGAGAAAAUGUGGUUGUUAGCUGGGGAUUUUAUAGGGACUUUUUGCAAAAGGAAUAUGGAGAAGGAGACAAAGAUGGUUAGUGUAAAAAGGUUGAAAAUUUUCAAACGUAUAUUGUGCUUGAAAUGUGACUAUGUGAGUGUGCAAGAGUUUCACGAGAUGGGCAGAGUAAUAUAGUGAGG